CUGCGCACUUUUGGCCGCACCGUCCUCGUCACGGUCCUCGCCGCCGGCGGCUACGUCGUCUGGCGCUCGUACGACCAGCGCCACCCGGGCGAGCAGCUCCCGCACGACCCGACCCUGCCGACUGUCGUCGUCCUCGGCAACGGCUGGGCCAGCACCGCCUUCCUCAAGGAGCUCGACAACCAGGGCUACAACGUCGUCGUCAUCUCGCCGCGCAACUACUUCCUCUUCACCCCGCUCCUGCCCUCGGUCACGGUCGGCACCCUCGCGGCGCGCUCCAUCCUCGAGCCGACCCGGUUCCUCACCCGCCACAUGAAGCGCAAGACCGAGGUCUACGAGGCCGAGGUGUACGAGGUCGACCCGAUCAAGAAGACGCUGCGCUUUGUCGACAACUCGGACAUCAAGGGCGAGGUCGCCGGCACCGAGAUCGCGUACGACUACCUCGUGUACGCCGUCGGCGCCGAGAACCAGACGUUCGGCAUCAAGGGUGUCAAGGAGCACGCCUGCUUCCUCAAGGAGGUGUGGGACGCCGAGAAGAUCCGCUCGCGCAUCAUGGACAGCAUCGAGUCGGCCAACUUUGCCGGCCAGACCCAGGAGGAGAUUGACCGCCUCUUGUCGUUCGUCGUCGUCGGUGGCGGCCCGACCGGUGUCGAGUACGCUGGCGAGCUGCACGACUUCCUCAUGGAGGACCUCGAGAACUGGUACCCGGAGCUUGCCGACCGCAUCAAGAUCACCCUCAUCGAGGCGCUGCCCAACGUGCUCCCGAUGUUCUCGAAGCAGCUCAUCGACUACACGAUGUCGACCUUCAAGGAGAACAAGAUCGACAUCAAGACCAAGACGAUGGUCAAGGAGGUCCAGGAGAAGAAGAUCAUCGCCCAGAACGAGAACAAGGAGCUCGUCGAGUACCCCUACGGCCUCCUCGUCUGGGCCACCGGCAACACGGCUCGCCCCGUCACGCGCGACCUCAUGAACCGCAUCCCCGAGUCGCAGAACUCGCGCCGCGGCCUCCUCGUCGACGAGCACAUGCGCCUCGUCGGCGCCGACGGCGUCUUUGCGCUCGGCGACUGCACGGCGACCAACUACGCGCCGACGGCCCAGGUCGCCGCCCAGCAGGGUCGCUACCUCGCGCGCGUAUUCCAGAAGCUGCACAAGAAGGAGCAGCUCCUGCAGGAGCUCGAGUCGGCCAAGCAGGCUGGCGCCGAGCCGGCCAAGCUCGACUCGCUCGCCAACGCCGUCAUCCGGGCGAGCAACAUUGCGCCGUUCAACUACUCGCACCAGGGCUCGCUCGCCUACAUCGGCUCGGACAAGGCCAUCGCCGACCUGCCCAUGAUGCAGGGCAACCUCGCGGCGGCGGGCUUUGCGACCUACUACUUCUGGCGCUCGGCCUACAUCUCGCAGCUCUUCUCGCUCCGCAACCGUGUCCUUGUCGGCGCCGACUGGCUCAAGACCAAGGUCCUCGGCCGGUGCGUCCCACUCUUCCCUUUCCCUCUCGGCCGCUCACUGACGCCUUCUGCCCCUGCAGCGACGUCUCGCGCGCAUAAGCGCCUCUCUUUCCCUUCCUCCUCCCCAUUCGUCUCGACACACGCCGACCUCCCGCAUGCCGCCGUACCCGCUCCGAGCGGACCGGCCCCCCUUUUCGUUCUUCCUCUCUUACUCGGCCGCCUCCCUCUCUCUCUCUCCCUCUCUAUCCCCGUAUCCUGUUCUUGUCUCUGCCACAUAGAAGCAUUCUGUCACGCCGCCUCGAAAGGGUGA